CGUCGUCACGAGAAGAGCUUGUAGAGUUGGUUGGACCCCUUGCCGCUCUGGAACGAUAUGGCCGUCUUCGACUGAUGAAGCCACACAACCACAUACACACACACACACGCAUCCAAUCCACACACCACCUUACUUCAGGAGCGAGUGUGUGGAACUUUGCAAAGUACAGCCACGUGAAGAGCACCCCAGCAGCGAAGCCGAACACAUGACUCUCCCACGAUACAUCUGGUGAGAGACACAGCAGACAGGCAGGAAAUAACGACAAAGCCUCGCUAAUCUGUGUUUGUGCAGAGGCCUUUUCGAGGCGUCUCACCCACCGCUCUUGAGGCUGAGUACUUGGCAGAACAUGGCACAGACCAUGGACCCGUAGAGGAAGAUAGUGACCAGGAGCACCGCCACAGCUAUCCAGUCAAUCGGCCUCACCCAUAUCACCUGCCGCAACCAAAGUCGGAACAGUGCGCGCCCCAUGCCCGAGUACGUGUCCCACUCUUGCCUCACCUCACUGAUGAGAAACGCCAAGUAGCUGACGGACACAGAGCACGAGGCACAAAAGACAUAAUGCCGUCACAAGAAGUCUGUCUCUUCCGUUCUACAUCGGUACCCAAAGAGCACACCCGACAGGCCAGCAUGGUUGCUGUCUGGUCUUGGAGACAGCAGCCAGACGAGCAGCCCGCCGACCAGUGAAAUGAAGACACUCGCAAGGGCAAACACUGAAAUACCAUACGUCGCCAUCCCAGUAGCCAGACCAAACCAACCUGCACGAAGCGGACCAUUAAAACACCAGCUGCUGCUCACAUCACAUCGAUUACUAAUCAUAUUCUUGAGAAAGUGGAAGAGAUUCCAGUGGGCCCAUGGAGACAGCAAGAGGCCGAGGAGACCUCUGAGUGACCGAGGCUUGAUGGAGCAGAAUUGGGCGACUGGAAUGCGGACAGUUUGCAUGAUGACCAGCGCCAGCAUGAUGAUCGGCGGCAGGGUCAGCAGGAGCAGAUAUCGCCUUUUGGCCUUGGGAUUGUCGAGGUCAAAUGCAUCCUGCAGGCCAGAGGCAAUGAGGGGUCGGGAGAUUCAUCAUGGCCAUCUUUGCUGCAAGACACAAGCCCCACCUCGAUGACGUUCCCGUCCAGGCUGAGCUGCGUUUCCAUCUCCCGGGUUCUGCGGCCACUCGAGGCGGUCUUUUCAAGCAUUCCGAGAACCUGCAGGACAAACACACGCAGAUGUGCAAUGGAGGGGCUCACAUCUUUGCAUGUGGAGAGCCGUACCUUAGCUGCUGGGAUGGCUGUUGGUUUGCUGUGGUGACGGGCUGGCAGCACUUCUCCACGUACGCCUUGCCUCCCACCACCUGAUCGAGUAGCAGGAGUGGCAUGCCACACGGCGGCCAAAGGCAGUGCCCCUUUGUGCAUGCCCGCGUCGGUUAGCGGCUGCAGGAAAGUGUGAUUCGCAGUGCUGAAGUCCACCGCCAGCCUCCCAUCGGCGACUUUGCAGACCAUCGCAACCAGCGACCCGGAGAUGAAGGGAAUCCACGCAGCCAUGGUCUGUGCUGUGUGCAGAUAUGCACUGCCUC